UGAGCAGAUAUGUCCGGUGUAUUCUCAACUUGAUGCAAGUUAUUAUUGACGAAUCAAUUUACAAACGCUGUGACAAACGGAAAAAAGUUGAGGAGGUGCAUUUGAAGUCAACCAACAGCUAUGCCUACGAUCCCAAAUUGUUCAACUUACUGAAGUUAUCCCCUGACAUUUUGGCUAGACAAAUAACUCUGGUGGAUGCAAAAAGGUUUAAAGCAAUACCUCCAAAUGAGUUCAGAGCAAGAGGAUGGGAGAAGAAGGAUGCAGAAAAACUGAGGCUCAGUCCAAAUAUUCAUAAAUUUACCUCGCACUUUAACCAGAUCUCAUAUUGGGUUGCUGGAGAGAUUUUACAAGAACCGACAGCUCGAUUGCGUGCUGACAAGAUAGCUUACUUCAUUAAAAUGGCAAAGAGUCUGGAAGAAUUGCAGAAUUAUCAUGCUUUGAUGGCGGUGGUUUUGGGGAUGAAUCUCAAUGCCAUAUUCAGGCUGCAACAGACAUGGGAGGCUGUCGGCAAAAAGGAUAAAUGUGUUUUUAAAUCUUAUGUCGAGCUUUCAAGUUUUAACUGGAAGGGACUAAAAGAGCUUUUAGAGGAUAUGAAUGUUCCAGCUAUUCCUCAUUUAGGCGUCUACCAACAACAGAUAUCAGGGAUUCACUCACAUCCUAAAUUAAGUUCCAUUGCUAAAGAAAAUAAGACAUCAGAGAUUAUCCAGUCGAUACAAGAAUUCCAGAAAUCUCAAUUUGAUAUUCAGCUGAUAAGUUACAUACAAGACUUCUUGGCAAGCGAGAAGUAUAUUCUUGAGAUGCAACGAUUUCUGGAGGACAACAUUUUUAAAAUUUCUCUGGAAAGGGAGCCGAUGGACAGCAACAAAAGCAGAAGUUUACCAAAUCAUUACAAAACAAAAACGAGUAAAAGUUUGGAGGACAUAACAUUGGUGAACCCUCUACACGGAGACUUGGAGAAAUCCCCGACCCGGACAAAUAAACCAUUUAAACCGGGACACAGGAAGACUAGUAGUUUGUCUAUGUUAGAGGGGUUUAAUAGUGAGCAGGAAAAGGAUGGCACAGUUUGUCUGCUGGAUUCACCUGUCUUUGACAAGACAUUUGUCAUGCCAAAUCAGAAUCUCAUCGACGACAGUUGGUCAACACGGCACAGGUCCGUAUCAGAGCCACCAUCUUCAAGUUCGUUACAAAAUAGCGUGAAAUUCGGGUCACUGGGGAAAAUAAAUGAGGUCAGAGUCGAAGGGGUGUUGUUAAAGAAAACAUGUCAGCGGUUUGGCAAGCAGCCAAAGAUCCGUCGGUGGAAGGCUUUCUAUUGUUUGGUAUCAGACGGGAACUUAUCACUGUACAUGGUGAAGGGUCACAAAUCAGCGAACGGUAUCGGACAGUCAUCAGUUCUGAAAAAGUCAAUAAAUCUAGACUCUUGCACUGUGUCAGUUUCUUACGACCUGAAACAUUCCAACGUAUUCACGAUUGCUGACACUGUUGGUAAUAUUUUCAAGUUCAAGAGUAACCAAGAAACGGAAGCACAAGAGUGGGUUAACAAGAUAUUGGAGGAGAAAAAGCACCAGCGAGACCUCAUGAGCUGGGAAUAAAACAGAAAUUUUGGCAAUUUUGCGAUUUGAACUCUCCGAUACUAUCUUUUUAAUUCUAAUUUCUACAUAUUAUUGAUUUUUUGCAGUUUUUAAGUUAAUUAUGUGAUUUUUGGAAAGUAUGGCGACUUGAGGACAAAAUGACAAAGACUUUGUAAAAGGCUAUUACAAUGGAUAUUACGAUGGAUUAGAAAUGGGAUUGGGAGUGACUGGAUCGAACAAUUGUCAAUUGGCCAAGAUUUGUUGAGUCUUUAAAAGACGCGAUCAAUCGACAAAAAAGAACUUAUAGUGCAGAUAUACCACAGGACCCAUAAAACUGGCAAUUAGCAAAAUCUGGUGUUUUGGGUUCGAUCUUGGUAACAUAUUUGUCACAGCUGGAAUAUAUAAUAAUUUGAUUUUAACGUAUUAUUUGGACAAUUUUAUUCGCGCUAUUAUGACUAUUAAAGCUUGAGUAAAUGUAUUCUCUUGACUAUACUGUACCGCUUAUCAACGGCUGCCCCGUGGUAUUCAAGGUUUUAUGAUAAUAUUUGCUUUAAUAUUUGAGGGUUUCUACGUUUUCUAUCCCGCCAACCUUUUACGUUGCAUUUUUGCAAUAGCACCGAGUGCUAAUAUGAUAACCUAUCUUUGUAUUUGAGUGUUUUGGCAGUUGACUGAUUGUAUUAGCGUCAAAUACUGAACAAUGCCCAGUCAGAAUGACGAUGCUCAGUUUUGUUGCCGUUAAUUGGACAAUUGUAAUUUUAUCAAGCCUAGAAUUAAAAGUUAAUCGAAAUCGAAAAAUUAUCUGAGUACAAGUUUCAUCAUUUUUCUGAGCUUAUUGAAUGUGAAAAAUGACUGAAAACAGACUAGAAUUUACAUGAUUAUGACAAAAAUCUUUUUAUUUCAACGCAUGGGUGAUGUUUUUUACUUUUGAGUUCGACUUUUCGUUAAAUUGACUAGACAAUAUUUAAUCUUUGGAGUUUUGUAGCCGUACAAUUGGAUUUCAAUUAUUUCCGGCUUUAAUAA